GCUGACAUUUUAUUUGAAAAUUGAAGAAGGCGACUGGCGAACUUUUUUCACAGUUACUGUUAUUUAUUUUACGUAAAUUCAACUGGGAAUAUAAUAUAUAAAAAAUUACUUUGAUAUAUAAGUUAUCAAAUAUCACACAUGAGUAACCAUCGAUGUGAAUAGAAAAUGGACAGUGAACAUUGUUAAUUUUUUAAUGCUCUUGGCACCCGUUCCGAUAUGACUUCCUCCGACUUAAAAUUGAUAGAAAGGCUUCGAAAUGAGAAUUUGGAACAGUUCUUCACAUUAGUGCGAAUGCAUUUAUCAUUCGUUGUAGAUAUUAAUACAGACGAUGUUGAGUGUUCAACGGACAAACCAAAGCAGUUCAGAUGGAACUUUCACAAGAAAACCAAAACACCUAGUUCAAAUACUAAUCACAAUGCUAAUUAUCCAAAGAAAAAUGAAGAGGCAAACUCCAUUACAGAUGAUGGUGUACUAAGGCUUUAUGAGUUGAUAGAUUUUCUCUCAAAUCCUGAAAAUGUAACCCAAGAAGGGAUAUUUCGGAGGACCGGUUCAUUGAGUAGACAGCAGGAGCUUCGGCAGUUGCUGGUCACAGGGUCCAACUUGGGUCUGGGGGAAGGCAAGUUCUCAGUCCAUGACUGUGCGUCAGUCCUGAAGGGAUUCCUGGCUGAGUUGCCGCAGCCUUUGCUGAUGGAUCAGUACUAUCAAACUUAUUGCACUUUGGCAGCACAGUAUCCUCCACACGCCGAAUCCUCCGAGACUAAAUUGCUGACUGCGUUGCAGUUGCUAUUGCUCCUUCUUGCUCCUUCGCAUCGGAACUUUCUAGAACGUCUGCUCGGUCUGCUGCGACUGGUGGCCGACAAUGAGGCGAGCAACCGCAUGUCUCCCGACACGUUGGCUACUAUGUUCACGCCUCAUCUGUUGUGCCCAAGAAAGUUAUCACCAGAAACGUUUCACGCGGACUCCAUAGCGCUUGCCCCAGUCAUAAGCUUCAUGAUCCGGCACGGCACGGUUCUGUUCGCCGCGCCGCAGCGGCUGGCGACCGACGCCGCCGCCUACUUCACAGUGCGAGAGCGGAAACGCGCUAUGUCGCCCGAUGUAGACCUGGAUGAGAGCAUCACCGACAGAACGGCAGCGAACACAGUGUACACAUUCGUAGACCGGCGACGCACGUGCGCGGAGAACGCACGAAAUCCCACCGACACGGCGCUGGCGCAACUGUACGCGCACAUACAGGCGCUGCCCGACUCCGCGCACAAGCGGCGCCUCGUCAAGCACUUUAACAGACAGAACGGAUAUGGAACUCCAAUUCAAAUCCAGCGUACAGGGAAAGUAGCCGGGUCUAGGAGUUUCGGCGACUCCAUAAAGAGGCACAUAUUCAAUAAGGGCUUACUGAACAAGACGCCAAAGAAGGGCUCUGGCUCAUCUAUUAACACUGUGGAAGAGAAGUCCAAAGGCAAACGGUUCACGGACGAUAACAAAGUCGACGUAUCGCACAAGAAUAUCGUGCUAAAGAACUUGGCGAACAAAAUAGUCAGCUCAGAGUCGUUGGACGAUGACUAUGACUCAGAUUGUAGCCAAGAAAGUACUCUUUCCGAAGGCGCGUUGAACAAAUCCAGGAAACUGAGUCCGAAAUUCGUUUCUGAGCCAAACUUGAGUUCGUUAGAUUCGAACGAGGAAACACCCAAAAAUAGUAGAAAACGUUCUAGAUUAUUCCGUUCGAAAGUGAUAACGCAAACCAUAAACAAGAAAUACCAGAAACGGGCUGUCAUACGUGGAACGCCUACUUCUUGCGUUUCGUGCAUCGACGACCAAGAUUCGGAGAACGAAUCGUUUGUAGAGAAGAGCUUAGAGGAAACGCCAACACAGUCUAAACCUUGUGCGGAUGAAUUAGAGUUCAAAAUGCAUUACCUGACAAGUACGCCAGGGUUUUCCGAGGAAGCCUUCGACGAGGAUUGUAGUACGCCUUAUACGAUUAACUUCCGAAGGGCAUCGAUGUCGCCUAUAACGAAGUCAACGCAGAAGUUGUCCAAAGCGAUGCAGGAAUCAAUAAUGACCCCAAGGUCACGUAAGCCCUUGAUAAUAACAUCGGAGCAAAGGGACAGUAUGCCCGAGAGCGCCGAAACUAAACACGAUUCGGCCAAAAUGGACAUGUACCGGUCGAUGUCGCCGAAAAACGACAGCGAUUUCGUCUCUUCCGACGACGAUAUGAUGUCGAGAUCGUCUUUGUCUUGUGAAAGGUGAGUUUAAAAAUAGUUACGCCGCAGA